AGUCAGCAUGUUCCAGGAUAUGAUCAUCUUGUGUUUGAUUGGAUUGGCGUCGAUACAGCAAUUCACUGCGUCCCUGCGCACAGAACAUAUCAGGGUAAAAACUGACCAUGUGUUACAGUUAAUUGAUGACAUGUUUGUUGGCGUCACCAUCGCCGGCAGUCAACUGAGGUCCAAUCUGAAGUAUCACAAUGUCAGCUCUCCAAAACUGCUGGCUCUUGGAAAAGCUUUAGCACCGGGGUAUCUGAGAAUCGGAGGCUCAUCAGUGGACGCCAUGGUGUUUGACCCGACUCACAAUAUAGCCACUGGGCAGCAGUUCCAACUCCCAGUAAACACCUGGGAUGAUCUCAACAUGUAUGUUCACAAGAUUGGGCUAAAACUGGUGAUUGGUCUCAACCUGAUGCUCCGCGAUGGAACUAAGUGGAACCCAUCAAAUGCUAAGCAGUUGCUCAAGUAUUCCUCUGACAAAGGAUACACUUUUGCAGGGAUUGAACUGGGAAAUGGUAGGUUUUGAAGCCAUGUGUAUGUCGCAUCAACCACACCUAAAUAAUAUCCCUGUGGGCAACAACUUAGAC